AUGACAAUAGACAACAUACAACCAAACCCUCCUCCCCCUUAUUCAAAAGCUCCUCCUACUACUUCAACAAACACUCUGGAUAUCGUUCAAGCCGCAGCUGUAUCGUCUCCACCACCUACACUACCACUAUCACCGCUGGCGAAUUCCGAUCCAAGCCUUUUACACCAUCAAAGCUCCUUGCAACAACUAGCUCACUACCAACAACAACAACAACAAAAACAGCUGCUGCAUGUCCAAUCAGAUUUGGUCUCUGCAGCUCAAGCUUUGACCCUGUUGACUAAAAACGCCUCAUCGCCAUCACUGGAUCUAGAAACAAUAGUCACUACAGACGAUUUGGACACAACUGCAUCUCAUGAUUUUGCAACUACAGCUUCGGGCGAAGCGCAAAGCCAAAGCCAGAGGGAAAGGGAAAGGGAAAGGGAGGAAGAGGAAGAGGCAGAAUUGCCACAACAAAGACAUCCUUUAGUCUCAACCGUUUCCAUGGUUGCUAAGCAUCCCGUUGUUAUGAAUGCCGUUAAAUACUAUGAAACUUCUAAAAGAAAUUACCCAUCAUUCAAUUAUGCUGCCGGUAUAGUUGAAGCAGCUGCAAUUCCAGUUGUUACCAAAAUCGAAGACAACUUAAACACAAGGCAUCAACAUCAGUCGAGAAAACCGUCUUCUACCGAUAUGACCCCGGUAUCUUCAUUUGACAAUAAACAGUUGCAAUGCGAACCUCGGCCUCAGAAGCAGAAAAAGAGAAGAUACUCAAAUUCAAGUAGUAUGUCUACUACUUCAAUAACACCAUCAACAUAUGACGUUAAAAAAAGAUUACAGUUUUGUAUAUGUAUUUUAAAAGCAGCAAAUGCCAAUAUCAAUUCAAAAAUCAACUUUCUUCAAACAAAAAUAAACGAAACUGAAAUGGCUGUUAAGGAAGAGCGGUAUAAGCUACAAAAUGAAGCACAACAACAACAACAACAACAACAACAACAACAGUAUUCAACAAGCGACGAGGCUACUCAAAAGACUAAAUCCGAAAUUGUUGGUACAGUUAAGAAAAUUAUUCAUUUGAUUUCGAAUUUCCGUCCAAGCGCCUUGAGCCAGCCACCGGCAUCGCCAGUAGUACCGCCAGCAGCAACGCCAACACCAACACCAACAGCAAUAACUCCAGAAGAUAGUGACUAUAAUACAAGCAACACCUUAACUCCAACUUCAUCUCAACAUUCGUCAUGUAUCCAAGAUUAUGAAUUGAAAAACACCAUACGUGACAUCAUUUUGCACCUACCUGCAUCCCUACAAAGAUCAACAAAUCAUCAGCGCAAUGACAGUGGUGAUUAUACCUCUGCAGAUGGAAACGAUCGAGUAUUUGCUUUUGCCAAGGAGAGUUUAGAUAUGAUUACUAAACUCACUAAUGUGUUUAGCGAACAAUUGGAAAGAGUAGAAAGUUGGGUAACGGGCGUAGAGGGAGAAGAAGGACAACACUUGCAACUAUCCGGUAUCAAUGAGAAGGAGGAGGAUAGCGGUAAUGCCGAAAUGAGGGAAGAGAAAAGCGAUGGUUCUUUCAGCACAAGGUGUUCAAGUGAAGAGCCCGAUGGAUUGACUUCUGCUACGAAAAGAAUGAGAAUUGAUGAACUUGUAAGUUGA